AUGGUUUGCUCCAAACCUUUCUUCGUCCUCCUUGCCUUUCUCUCAAUUGGUGCUCUGGCCCUACCAGAGCAUCCUUGGAACGAUCGGAAGGGAAAUGACCACAAAGAAUCCGGGUAUGGCAAAGACUGUCUUACCGAUAACGAAGCUCGCUUCCUCGUUGAUACCUACAACUACUUCUUUAUACGAUUCGAUCCUCAGGUUGUCGAACAGUAUUUGGCCCCAGACUUCCAUGAAUUCUCCGACAGUUACAUCACGCUUUUCACGCCGGGCUCAAAACCUCUCGGCAGCCCAGUGUCUGCCAGCCGCGACGAGUUUAUCCAGAAUCAUAUAGACGACCCGGUUUAUCCUGAAGGCACUCCAAAUUGGUUCAAAAUCGAGGAAAUCUUUCACACUUGCACGAUGAUAGGCUUCCGCUGGAUGUUGCCGCCAGAGGGCGAGUUUAGUAUGGGCCCGUUACCUAUCCGCGGUAACGAUAUCAUGUACACCGCGAAGCGAGAUGGGAAGUGGGUGAUCACAGCCGAGUGGUCGGAGUUCAACACUCUUGCAUGGGCGCAGAACUUUGGAAAUUGUGCGGUGGAGACGAGUGUCUGA